CACCAAACAUGAUCUCAAUUUCUCAGCCAUGGCAGAAGAAGGUGAUGAAACCAGAAACCCAAAUUGGGCAGAGUUAACUUAUGAGUGCCUCACAAACAUAUUAUCAAGACUGAGUUUAGAGGAAAGAUGGAUUGGACCCAUGUUUGUAUGCAAAUCAUGGAUUCAUGCCUGCAAAGAUCCUUGUCUCUUCUCUGUUGUUGAUCUGGAAUCUGUUUUCAGUCCCAAAACUGAAUCUUCUCUCUGGUGGUCUCCUGAAUUUGAGAGGAAAAUUGAUUCCCUGUUAAUUUCUGUUGUGAAUUGGAGUGGUGGAAUUAACAUCAAGGAGAUCCGUAUUAGGCACUGUUCUGAUCAAUCUCUCUCUUUUGUUGCUCAAAGGUGCCCAAACCUGCAAGUUCUUUCAGUCAACUGCUGCCCAAAUGUCACAGAUGCGUCUCUUGGGAAGAUAGCAUCACAUUGUCCUAUGCUGGCAGAACUGGACAUUAGCUACUGCUAUGAGAUAUCCCAUGAAUCCUUAGAGUUAAUAGGAAGCAAUUGUCCAAAUCUCAAGAUCUUGAAAAGAAAUCUACUGAAUCCUUCUCAGCAUGUCGGAAUUGUGCCGAAUGAGUACUUAAAUGCUUGCCCGCAGAACGGGAAUGUCGAGGCUGCUGCAAUAGGAAAGUUCAUGCCGAAUUUAGAACACCUUGAGCUUCGAUUUUCUAAGUUGACAGUCCAUGGCCUUGCUGCAAUAACUGAAGGGUGUGUGAAAUUGGAGUACUGGGAUCUAUGUGGUUGUGCAUAUUUGACAAGCCAGGAUAUUGAGAAUGCAUCAACAAAGUUAAAAAAUAUGAAGAGGCUAGAGACACCACCACCUUGCUAUGUUCCUAGGGAUGUUUUCCCUACAGAGAGGUAUGGCCACUGGAGAUUGUACGAUGAACGAUUCCAACCAAGUAGCUUCCAGAUAUAGUCAUGGCCAAGUAAAGACUGCCCGUGUUAGUUCUAUGGAACGGCAGUCUGUUAAAAUCCCCUAAUAUGGUACUGCUUGUAUAUUGCUUCCUGGAUUCGCAUGUUUAUGGCUUGUUGUUCUUAUUCUGUAUGAAUAAAUAUAAUGUGUGAUUUUCUGAAACAGAUGGAUUGUUAUAGCAGGCAAUACUUUAUAAGUAGCUACGGGCACUUUAUGUUUCA